UGUCUGCGGGGCAGGGCGGCGGGCGAGGGUGGAAAAAGCCCUUCAGAAACGCUUCAGUUUUGGCGUUUUCGCCCUGCCUGGGCCCCUGCGUCCCCGCCAGCGCCUGGGCGGCGCGCCCCGUCCGAGCCUGUUUGCGCUCAGGCGCUGCCCAAGGGACGGGCAGCGGCCGGGGCAGCCCCCGCGCGGCCCGCCCCGGCCCCGGCGCCGGGCACAAGAUGGCGGCGGCCGUGAGGGCGCCCGGCGGAGCGCAGGGCCGGGGCGGCGGGCGGCGGGGCUGAGAGGGCGCGGCGCUGAGGAGCCCGCCCGGCCCGCCGUCCCCUCCUGACGGGCUCCCGCGGGCCCGCCGCGGCGGGGUGGCACUGCAGCCGGGCCGAGGUGCGGGGCGGGACACACCGUGCCCGGCGGCUGCCGGCCCCGCGCCCCGGCAGCGGCGAUGAGCGGCGCCGCGGAGGCGCGGGAGCUGGCGGAGCGGCUGCGGGAGGCGGCGGCGCUGGGGGAUGCGGAGGAGGUGCGGCGGCUGCUGGGAGCGGGGGCGGACAUCAACUCCCGCAACGAGAUCAACGGCUGGACCUGUUUGCACUGGGCCUGUAAGCGGAACCAUGCUCAGGUCGUCUCCUGCCUGCUGGAGGCUGGUGCAGACAAGCAGAUCCUCACCGCGAACGGAGAGCUGGCUGCACAGUUAACUUCGAAACCAGGCAUCCGGAAGAUUUUGGGAGAGGAAGAAACUGAACAUCAAGGAGUGAAGGAUUUAAAUUUGCCAAUUGUUGCAAACUACUUGGCCAGCCCACCGUUCCCUUACAUUUACACUGAAGAAACCCUUCCAGACAGCUUGGCAGCAUCCCAGAAUGAAAGUGCUUCCAUCUCUUCCGCUUCCCAGUGUGAAGCUAGCCCUCGCUCAUCAGCAACUCAGGUUGAAAGCAUAUGCACACCUACGUCAUGCAGCAGCGAAGAUGAUUUCCCUGCACUAGGCGCUGUGGAACAGCUUCCCGCCCCGUCAGCAACUAUCGCAGCGCCGAAAUGCAUCGAGCCUGACGCACGGAACGGCCCCGUUUGCCAGCCGCCCUUGCCUCACAGCAGAGCUCUGCUCUCUCCGGUAGCCUCCAGCCAGGCUGCGCCUCUGCAAACCCAGGGUUCUCCCGUCGGUCCCGCACCAACGUUUCAGCCCUUUUUCUUUACUGGAACUUUCCCAUACAACAUGCAAGAACUUGUGCUUAAGGUGAGAGUCCAGAACCUCAGAGACAGUGACUUCAUUGAAAUUGAACUGGACAGACAAGAACUGACCUAUCGAGAUCUGCUCCGAGUGAGUUGCUGCGAAUUGGGCGUUAAUCCUGAACACGUAGAGAAGAUCAGAAAAUUACCUAAUACACUAGUAAGAAAGGACAAGGACGUUGCCAGACUUCAGGACUUUCAAGAGCUGGAGUUAGUUGUGAAAACCGACAGCUCCCCUUUCCGAAAUGCUGCAUCAGCCCUGACCGAGAGGCCGUGCUACAACAGCAGAGCGUCAAAGCUGACGUACUGACUCUUCUGGAUGCAUCUGGAGAAGGAAAACCUGGUAAUUCUCUGCUGCUGCCUUUCGAAGGCAGUGACCUAAGCGUGUGUAAAACCUUAAGUUAUUGUUAGGGUUACUAUUUUAACUAAUAAUUUAUCUUUUAUAUUUAAUAUCCCCUUUGCUUUUAUUUUUUUACUUGAUACUGUAUUCAGCUAAGGGAUACCUCAUUUGUCUACUAAAAUCACAUGCUUCCAAUGUACUGCAGGGAAGUUUAUUAGUUGUAUUUGGCAACAGAGGGUAGGAAAGACUUAAUUAUUGAUAUGAAAUAUAUGUCGAGUGCUCCCACUCUUUGACCAAAUAAGUGUCACGGAAAAGCGGUUCAGGAAAUUGUGUGUGUGUGUGUGUGUGUGUGAUAUAUAUUUUUUUAAAUGUCUCAAGUUAAAUAUCAGAGGGUAUUUGGCGUACCAUGAACAGUUGCUCUCUCAAAGUGUAAAACUUGCAAGUCCUUGAUCUCUUGCCCCGUCACAGCCAUCUGGGGCUAGAAACAUUUAAUGCUCUGAAGCGACAGGAGAAGAAUUUUCACUGGGCUGAAAAAAAGUGGAGUAAGAGCGUCCACACUUAAAGGCCUGUUUCUUCCCUCUGUGAGAAUAUCGUAACUUAAGUGCUGGCAUCCCUCCGCCUCCACACACAAAAAAAGGAUGGCAGCCUCACUUAAGGAGCAUUUAAGUCACAAAGCAAGCUGAAGGGCCAGUUCAGAAGAAAGGCCCUGUGUUUCAGGAGCUUGGGAGGGGAUCACAAAUCUGGGGCUGUAGUUUUAGUUAUUUCUUUUCCCAAUGAUGUGAGGAGACCACGGAUUACUCACACCAAAAGCUAGUACUGGGAAGUCAGGCAACUUCUUCCUGGGCCACCCUCACAGACCAGUUUCAGGGCGCGUGGGAUGGUUUCUGCUGUGAGGAGCAGGAGAAGCACAACAGUAUACUCUUGAGGUAUCACAGCCGUAAGGAGCAUACCACGCUUUCCAUUAGCCAGACUAAACUGGAAACAUCCACCACUAGCAAGUAAAUAACCUGUAACUUUACACGGUGCACAGUCUACUCUCACUUUUCCAUAUGCCCAGAGCUUUAGCCAGAUGAGUACCAGGAGGGCCAAUGCCUCCAGGUGCUUUCAACUGAGGUGGCUUCUUUUUGGGGAGGGGUGGGAACCCAACCCCAAACUCUGGUUAAGCUACAGACUGUUUGAUUUGCAUGUCAACAACAAAAACAUGCACCUGGGGUGUUACAAAUGGCAAAAGUCAUCAUUAGAACACACCUUGAAGUCAUUCCCUUUCAGUCCGAACAAAGGAUAUAAGUCACAGCACUGCUGGAGUAUUAACAGCCUGAAGCUUUUCCUGUUAACAUGGUAGUCUCAAAGUGAUACUUUUUUGUUUUUUCUUCUUUGGUACCAGAAGUAUGAUGACAACCUUUGCACCAGAAACCUUAACCGGGUACUGGGGUGGGUGGAGGGGCGAGGGAGUUGUUUUUUCUGCUUCCCCCCACCCUGUACUGAUUUUUCUCCCAUCUCUCCCAUAUUAAGCUGCAUUAGAGCAGAGUUGAUGCACAGCUGAUGCAGUGUUUGUUGCUGUUGAUCUGGAGUGGAACACUGACGUUCAGACCAUAAAUAGUACAAUCAACAUGUUUUGGUAGGAGCAGCAUGGCCGCUGCCCCGUCCUAGCCUCCUGCAGCGCAGCUGCUGUACCCUUGAAGCGGCUCCUCCAACUGAGGCCAGCAAAAGCAUGCAUGUCAUAACAAUAUAGAAACCCUUCCGCCAGCAGAAGAGACACUUGGCACUCUGGGUUCAGGAUUUUACCAAGUUACUCUAGGCUUAAAACUCUUGCUUAGUGCAUUUGCAAUAAUUAUCAUCCUUUCCCACUUGCUCUAUAUCCAUCUUAUCACUUAAACUCUGCUACUGCCCUGCGCUUGGUCCAGGCCCUUCUCUCGCCAGGGGCUAGGCUGCUUUAAAGCCCAGUUCAACUCCUGGUAAGCUCAAGACUGUGACACAGUAUGAAGUAAAAUUUCCUAACUACAGCUCCCGCUUCAUUUUUCUUGUAGGACAGGAAAGGAUUUUUUUAUUUUAACAAUUGUGUAUUUGUCUUUUCAGCAUAACUUGGAGGCUAGUUCAGAUUAUGUGCAAUAACUGUCUGAAAAACAGCAGUAUUUAAGUGGCUCAAAAUUAAGAGUAUCUAACUUUUCAGUUCCUUCGUUUAGGAAAUCAGUGCAAAGACUGCCUCGACUAAUUACUGACCAUUCAGCCAUAGGAGGAGCUGAUUUAAAAAAAAGCUUUAUUGCUCUAGUUUCCACAAAUAACUUGUUAAUGUGAUAAGACUAAAACUUUAAUCAUGAUCUGACUGUAAUAACAACAGUAAGUCUAUGCAUUCAGAGAAAUAUUUUUGUAUGUUUUAUGCAGUUUGAUAAAGUCUAAGGCACACUAGUUAUGUUAACUGGUUUUUGUUGGGUUCUGUUUUUUUUUUUCUUUGAAUAAGAAACUGUUGGUAUGACAACUGAAACGAAGUUUACAAAACUUACUGUUCUUCCAAGGACAACUUUUGUUUGCACUACAAACUUGUACUGAACUGACAUUGCUACUCUUCACUUAUAUUAAAGUAUCAGUUGUUUCAAGUA